UUUUGUUUCGCCAUGCCUAGUCUAGUGGUAUCUGGAAUAAUGGAAAGAAAUGGGGGCUUUGGAGAACUAGGAUGUUUCGGGGGAAGCGCUAAGGACCGAGGGCUGCUGGAAGACGAGCGCGCCCUUCAGCUGGCUCUCGAUCAACUCUGCCUCCUGGGUUUGGGGGAGCCCCCCGCCCCCACGGCGGGCGAGGACGGGGGAGGUGGGGGGGGCGGCGCCCCCGCGCAGCCGGCCGCCCCCCCGCAGCCGGCCCCGCCGCCGCCGCCCGCGGCGCCCCCGGCCGCCCAGACGGCGGCCCCCGCGGCGCAGACGCCCCAGCCCCCCACCGCCCCCAAAGGGGCUAGCGACGCCAAGCUCUGCGCUCUGUACAAAGAGGCCGAGCUGCGCCUGAAGGGCAGCAGCAACACCACGGAGUGUGUACCCGUGCCCACCUCCGAGCACGUGGCCGAGAUCGUGGGCAGGCAAGGCUGCAAGAUUAAGGCUCUGAGGGCCAAGACCAACACCUACAUCAAGACACCAGUGCGGGGCGAGGAGCCAGUGUUCAUGGUGACAGGACGGCGAGAGGAUGUGGCCACAGCCCGGCGGGAAAUCAUCUCAGCGGCGGAGCAUUUCUCCAUGAUCCGUGCCUCCCGCAACAAGUCAGGCGCCGCCUUUGGUGUGGCCCCUGCUCUGCCUGGCCAGGUGACCAUCCGUGUGCGGGUUCCCUACCGCGUGGUGGGGCUGGUGGUGGGCCCUAAAGGGGCUACCAUCAAGCGCAUCCAGCAGCAGACCAACACGUACAUUAUCACACCAAGCCGUGACCGCGACCCAGUGUUCGAGAUCACAGGUGCCCCGGGCAACGUGGAGCGUGCGCGCGAGGAGAUCGAGACACACAUCGCAGUGCGCACAGGCAAGAUCCUCGAGUACAACAAUGAAAAUGACUUCUUGGCUGGGAGCCCCGAUGCCGCACUUGAUAGCCGCUACUCCGACGCCUGGCGGGUGCAUCCGCCAGGCUGCAAGCCCCUCUCCACCUUCCGGCAGAACAGCCUGGGCUGCAUCGGCGAGUGCGGAGUGGACUCAGGCUUUGAGGCCCCACGCCUGGGCGAGCAGGGCGGGGACUUUGGCUACGGCGGGUACCUGUUUCCGGGCUAUGGUGUAGGCAAGCAGGACGUGUACUACGGCGUGGCUGAGACUAGCCCCCCGCUGUGGGCGGGCCAGGAGAACGCCACGCCCACCUCGGUGCUCUUCUCCUCGGCCUCCUCCUCCUCCUCCUCUUCCGCUAAGGCCCGCGCUGGGCCUCCCGGCGCGCACCGCUCUCCUGCUACUUCCGCAGGGCCAGAGCUGGCAGGACUCCCAAGGCGUCCGCCGGGAGAGCCGCUCCAGGGCUUCUCUAAACUUGGUGGGGGCGGCCUGCGGAGCCCCGGCGGCGGGCGAGAUUGCAUGGUGUGCUUUGAGAGCGAAGUGACGGCCGCCCUCGUGCCCUGUGGACACAACCUGUUCUGCAUGGAGUGUGCAGUACGCAUCUGCGAGAGGACGGACCCGGAGUGUCCCGUCUGCCACAUCACAGCCACGCAAGCCAUCCGAAUAUUCUCCUAAGCCCCCUGCCCCAUGCCUCCUGGGCCUACUCCCCAAGGGCCCGCCCUGGACCUGUUUUCCACAAGGGCCUUUUGGAAAUCAGUGAUUUGAGGGGCAAGGUGCUUAGAGAUACUCGCUCUCUGGGGAGAGGGGAAGGGAGGCUGUGGUGGCUGGAGGGUGGGCCACUUUCAGAGCCUCUGGUCACCUUUUCCUGGAAAGAUUGGGAGGGGGCCAGACUGAAAAUACUAGAGUUACAACUCUGAUACCUCAACACACCCUUAAAUCUGGAAGCAGCUAAGAGAAACUUUUGUUUUGCCAGAGGUGGCCGCUAAGGCAUUCUGACCCCCUCUGCCCGCCUCCCCAACUAUGUGUCACUCUACCCCUUCCUCGUGUAGGGGAUGGGGAAAAGGGGGAGGGAGAAUUACCACCGAUAUCUAGAGGUGCUCUUUUGAACCCCCAAGCCCUCUGGUCGUGACCUCCAGCCUCCUAACAUGACCCUUUGGCUCCCCCACCCCCAUAUCCUGUUGGAGAAACUGUUCCUGAGUUUCUCACAGUAUAAGGGAGAUGGAGCCCUAUCAGAAGCCUGCACAGAUCUGGGGAGUGGGGUGGAGGAGAAUCAUUUCAAUGGAUAAAGGGCUCAGAAUUCAUCUGCCCCCACAAAGCUGGGCUGGAGGAAUCUGCAGAGGGGUGCUCCUCUCUGACCCCUUCAGCAUUUCCCUUCACUCCCCCCAUCUCUCCUCCCUCUGGGAUCUUCCUUCUCCUUUGCUCUUUCCUUUCCCUCUACCUCUUUGCUUUGUUUUCCCUUGGUGGCUGUCACUCCCAACCCUGUCCUGCUCCUUCUCUUUGUCUUUCUUCCCUUCUCCUCCAUCACUCCUGCCCCUUCCAGCCCAGCUUUGGGGACACCAUCCCCCUGGGGAUGAAUAGAGGGAAAAACAUUUUGAUGGUCUCUCCCAUUCCUCUUCAGGCAUGUGGAGGCCCUCUCCCCUGCUCCUCCAAAGAAACAUCUCAAAUUUUUUAUGGAAUGUAUCCCCAUUCUCAGUGAAAUUUGAGGAGGGGGACUAAUACUGGGGUACGUAAAGGGUCAAAACCCCCACCUUCAUCAUCUAUGGGCAUUAUAUUUAGGGAGGAGUUCUUGGGCUGGAUUUUCUGGUUGUAGAAGGGGAGCCAGGGUAGUGUGUCUGCUAUUUCAAGGAGCAGGAAAGGGCCUGAGGCAGGAGGAGAGACUGGUGGAGGGGAGGGCUGCUGCCCCAUACCCAGCACACCUCUCUGGACCUGACCCAAACCUUAAUUGAAUCCUUAUUAGCUUGAAUCCUUAUUAGUGCGCAAAUCAUGAAGUCUCUGUCCCACCCAUUGCGGUUGAGGAGAGGCCAGGUCUUCAGAGAGGGGUCAGCCCAGGGCAAAGCAGGAUUGGGGCACAGCAGGGCCUGUUUGAGAGUCAUGUAUUGUUACAGGCCUUACACCCUCUUUGCUGCUUCCCUACUGCUCACUUGGGGUUGCCACAGCCUCCCACCCUCCUGGUUCCACCCUCCUGGUUCCACCCUCCUGGUUCCGCUGGCGGGCCAGAGAGGAUGGGGGAUGGGAGUACUAGGGGGUCCCAGGAGAUCCUUGUAUAUAAUGGGGUGGGACUGUUCUGAGAGAUCGCUGAGCACUUAAAGCUCAGGAGUCCCAUUCUUCCUGGAUGGAGAAGAGGUGCAGGGUUGGAGAUGCAGAGGGGAUUUCCUCUUCUCCUUUCUCCUGUUGUGAAUUAACUCACCUCUCCUCAGCCUUCCCCUCCAGACCACCAGCCAGGGAAGUGAGAGGAAGGCGGUCACAGUCAAGGAAACUGGCCUGUGACUGCUUCCCUCCUUCCCGCCAAUGUGAGCCAUCCUGAGAUGUCUGUACAAUAGAAACCAAACCAAAUGGGCACCCUCGGUUGCCGGGGGCGGGUGGGGAGGGGGGUGGGAAGAAAGGAUGUCUGUCUGUCAAUCCCCCUCCCCCUCUCCACUCUACCCACAAAGGCAGAAGACUGUUACACUAGGGGGCUCAGCAAAUUCAAUCCCACCCCUACCAAUUGAGCCAAGCCUAGAAACAAACGCAAAACACACAUAGUGAGAGACAAAAUAGAGGAGAGAAAGAGAGAGCAUGAGAGGGAGUGAGACAGGCGACCAACACAGAGGAGAGAAAACAAAAAUAGCAAAAAAAAAAAAAAAGCAGUUCUUUAUAAUUUAAUAUUCUAUUUUAAUAAAGGCGUUUAUUACCGUAUAAAUGUAGCAAAGAACCUGGGCUAAUAUGAAAAAAAGACUUUUUAUUAGGUAAUUUAUUAUAUGAAAAGGAUAUUUUAUUUUAUGAUAAAGUGAUCCUUAAAAAAAUAAAAAAACUUUAGAAGGUUUAGAAUAUAUGUAGGGAGAGAAGAAGAAAAAAUACAUUUGUAUUCAGAGUUAAAUCUUAAAAAAAAAAGUGUUUUUAAUAUAUGUUCGGGUUUACGUUGCUUUUUUUCCCCCACUUUUUUUUGGGGAGGAAUGUCAUUUGCUUUUCUUGGGGGAGCAUCCUGGGAUGGAUGGUGGAGAGAGGGGCUGGGGGAGUCUGGUCCCUUUUGGGGCCCUGCAAGUAGAUUGGAUUUCACUCCGUGGGCUCCCCCUCCCCUCUCCUCCUCCCCCUCAGGGGAGCCGGCAGAGCCAAACAAAGAAAGGGAUUAACAAGAAAGGAAGAAGCUGUAGGAUUUAGGACUGAGGAUCCUGGGGUGUCCCCCCCUUUCCCCUGCCCUGUCUCCUGGGCAAGUGAGGAGGGGAACUCCAGAACUGAGGCUUAGCAGGCCUAGGGAACCCUCAGAGAGGCGUGAGAUUUAAGAGAAAUAGAUUUUUUUUUUUUAACCAAAAAGACAGAGAGAGAGAGAAAGAGAGAGGAAAAAGAGAAACCGAGGGGUUUAAAAGAAGAGAAUACUACAAAAUAAUAAUUAUUAAUAAUAAUAAUUCAAAUUUAUUUCAUAUAAUCCUAGAGAAAGAAAGAAAGAAUUACUAGUUACUUAGUAGAUGAUAUUCAGAUAGCUUAAAGUUUAGUAGCAUUGAGGGCCCCUGGGUCCAGUAGAAUGUAUAAAAGUUGUAAGGAAAAGAUAAAUAGAGGAGGGAAGUGGCUGAGUCCACCCUGAGUCGCCCCAUCUUCAGAUAUCAGGGUUGGAGCAGGUUGCUAGUUAAGAUUGGGAGCUUCCAGUCUGCUGGGGUUGAUUCUGAGAAUCCUUGGAUUUUUACAUUGUAGGACAAAGAGAUGAGGGGGCUCAGUUCCCAGGGUCUUUGAAAGGAUGCACACUGAUCAGCUCAAUCAGAUGGGGGUCUGGGCUGGGCUGGAGACAGCAGAGGAGACUGAGCACAUUUGCCUGCACCUCCAGUACCUGGGGGCCUGGCCAUCCCUCUGUCUCCUUUGGGCAGCCCUUACUCCAAAGUUCUAUGUCCUCUCCUGGGGCUCUCAGGAAGGAUGGGGACUGCUCAGCUCUGACCUCCCAAGCCAGCUUCUCCCAGGCCUAAAUGAGGAGUCCUUCUUGAAGUGUAACCUCAGUCCACUUAACUACAGAUUGAUUACAUUUCUCACCUUCAGAGCUUCAAGAGCACUGAGGGGAUCAGUCCCCCACCCCUGUUCCCGUCCCACAUUCCACUGAGUUUUUGACCUCCAUGGCAGCAGUGGUGGUAACAUCUCAAUAAUUGUUCUUUAAAGCUGUGAUGUGCUUUACAGAUUUGCAAAGUGCUUUAUUGUCUCAUAUAAGUUAGAUUCCAAGAAGGACUUCCCACCCAGUGGGGUGGAGUGGAGGCACUGGCACUGUCUUUGAAGGCCUGGGAGAAGGGGGCCACAAGGGUAUGGAGGCAGGGGAAGGGCACAGGGACCUUGGGUGACCCCAACCAAGCCCUCUCUGCUCCAGGCCACCUCCAUCUUAAGUGUGCAGGUAGUGGUUAUCCACUGUCCCUGGCCUGGAGGCACAUUGCCCUCCCCACAGAAAAUUGGAGAAGCCUGGCUUUUGCAUGCAAGAAAUCAACAUUUCUUAAGCACUUGCCUUCUCCCCACCCCAGCUUGCAAUGAGAUCUUCAGGGUCAGGUCACUUCUGGCCUUUCCCCUGCAUCCAAGGGGGUGGGGAGGCCUCUUGGCUCUCCUUUGGGCAAGAGGAGCCUGCUCCAUUACACCAAUGACUCUGCCAUGCCCCUCCCUGGCCCUAGACCCCAAACACAUCUCCUUCUUCCCAAUUUACUCUUCUUGCCCCACCUAGGGACAGAUUUCCCCCUGCUCUUUUUGUCCUAGAAACCCCGCUAGUUUGGGAUGGUAGAGUCUGGGGUGGGGAGGGCUUCCCCUUCCCCACUCGAGGGUGAGGGUGGGGUGGGGGGGUGGCUGGAGACAGCCCUGGGGCAGGGGGAUGGUCUCUCCACUGUAGAAAGUAGAGUAGGAUUGUGGUCAGACUUAAUUUGAGGCAUCUAGUGAAGACACGUACAAAUCCACCAAGGAAAAAGAUUUCAAAAGCAAAAUAAAGGCGGGAAAUAAAAUGGACCCAUGAAUAAUCAAGUCAAAGUGAUGUUGCACAAAAUGCAGAGAAACCAAGAAGGGGGAGGGUUAAUGUAUUAAAUGUGCUAUUAAGAACUUAAUUUUAUUAAAAGUAUUAUUACUUAA